AUGCCUGCACGCGAAUCUAACAAAGUCAUUCUUCUUGAGCACCCAUCUGGAUCAAAGGCCGAAGUUGCGCUUUACGGUGCCACUGUUACCAGUUGGGUUGUGGACGGCAUUGAGCGACUUUUUGUAAGUAAGCUUGCUAAGCGCGAUGGAAGCAAAGCCAUCCGUGGUGGUAUUCCUCUUUGUUUCCCUAUCUUCGGCACCAAAGAGCAAAUUGCUCUUCCUCAACACGCUAGAAACGCAUGGCCCCACUCAUUCCAUUUGAUAUACGUUGUCACAUUGACGAGCAAGUCUCUCCAAACUUUCUGUGAGCUGAAGAACGAAGAUAAAGAAAGUUUUGAAUUCAACACUUUACUCCACACUUACUUUAGAGUACCUGACUGUACCGAAGCCAGUGUUGAAGGAUUGACAUCCUGUGAAUACAUAGAUAAAGUCCAGAAUGCAGCUGUACUUACAGAAAAGAAUGAAAAGGUUACGAUUGGCGGUGAAGUUGAUAGCGUUUACAAGGAUGUUCCUGAUAAGAUUAAAUUGAAUGCCGGUAAUGGCUCUGCUAUUCAAAUUGUAAAAUCCAAUUUGAAGGAUACAGUUGUUUGGAACCCUUGGGUUGAAAAGGCCAAAGGAAUGGGUGAUUUUGAUGAUGAAGAAUACAAGAACAUGAUUUGUGUCGAAGCUGGCAGUGUUGCUGAUUGGGUAAGCUUAGCUCCUGGUCAAACUUGGACAGCUGGUCAGACUUUGAUUAUUGCUUAG